CGAUGGAGUGACAACUGAAUCCGCCCUCCAUCAAGUGUGACAACAUGCUGGCGUUGGAGAACCUUUCGGGUAACGCGGGAGGGCCAUCAGCGGAGACCGGUCCACCACAGCCCUCGUCGGGGAAAAGUGGUUCCGACGGUAGAGCAACAAAAGAUUCUGAAAGUGCAGCGAAGACGCAGAGGACGAAUACUGGCAAAGCGAGGAUGGACGACACGACCAGCGGUGGGAGAGUAUUGGGGAGGGCGAUGGAGGAUGCAACACCGUCGUACAACGAAGGUCUGGAUAAGGACGCUACCACUCUGGCGAAGGCAACGUCGAAGGCCGGCUCAGCGAUCACAGCGAAGAGUGGUGACGUCGCAGAUGCCAUGCGUCGGGGGAACACCGUCCUCGAGAUGCUUGUGGGGGGUUUUGCGAGUCACGCGGAUGGGGGGAACAACGGUGCACACGGGAGGGUGGACACAAACCCCUCAUCGCGUUAGAUAACAGGUCAUUAAAAUAAAAUAAAAAAAAAGCACAAAG